GGGCGGCGUGUCGGAUUCCCUCCCCACUCCCAACCUGAAACAACGCGCUUGUCGAAAUAAAACCACGCGCUUCUAGUCGCUAUCUUGCUCCGCUCCUAACGUUGACUCCCUACUUCCUCCAAGAUCUCAAACUUCUAUUCCUGCUGCUAUAUUUACAGAGGCGCGGCGCCCAAAGACCUGGCGAUAUCGACUCCUCCUUAUUAGGGGACUUUGUUUUGUGGGUGGUUGGGGGCGGGGGAAAUGGAGAGCUAUGUGAACGAUAGGUUUGGCGGGGUGAAGCCGAAGAACUCGUCGGAGGAGGCGCUCCGGCGAUGGCGGAAGCUGUGCUCCGUGGUCAAGAACCCCAAGCGCCGCUUCCGCUUCACCGCCAACCUCUCCAAGCGAUCCGAGGCAGAGACCAUGAAACGCACCAACCAGGAGAAGUUGCGCAUUGCUGUUUUGGUUUCCAAAGCUGCACUUCAGUUCAUGCAUGGUGUCAAAGUAUAUAGCGAAUACGUUGUACCUGAUGAAGUUGAGGCGGCUGGGUUUCAGAUUGGUGCUGAUGAGUUGGGAUCCAUUGUCGAAGGCCAUGAUGUAAAGAAGUUGAAGAUGCAUGGCGGUGUGGAGGGCAUUGCAGACAAGCUCUCCACAUCGACAACUAAUGGGCUUACUGCUACUGAGGAUGCAUUGAGGCGCAGACAGGAAGUUUAUGGAGCAAAUAGGUUUACUGCAAGCAAGGUUCAGAGUUUUUGGGUAUUUGUAUGGGAAGCACUUCAAGACACAACACUCGUCAUUCUUGCUGUGUGCGCUGUUGUAUCCCUGAUUGUCGGCAUUGCCAUGGAAGGAUGGCCGAAAGGUGCCCAUGAUGGCCUUGGAAUUGUUGCAAGCAUCCUUUUAGUUGUGUUUGUCACUGCAACAAGUGACUAUCGGCAGUCAUUACAGUUCAAGGAUUUGGAUAGGGAGAAAAAGAAAAUUUCAAUGCAAGUUACACGGAAUGGGUUUAGACAGAAGAUUUCUAUUUAUGAUCUUCUUCCUGGUGAUAUCGCGCAUCUAUCAAUUGGAGAUCAAGUCCCUGCAGAUGGGCUGUUUAUAAGUGGAUUUUCUUUAUUGAUCAAUGAAUCCAGUCUGACAGGGGAGAGUGAGCCUGUUUAUGUGAAUGCAGAGAAUCCUUUUCUUCUAUCUGGGACUAAGGUCCAAGAUGGAUCUUGCAAAAUGCUGGUAACCACUGUUGGCAUGAGAACUCAGUGGGGGAAGCUGAUGGCUACGCUUAGUGAAGGAGGAGAUGAUGAAACUCCAUUGCAGGUCAAACUUAAUGGAGUUGCAACUGUCAUUGGGAAAAUUGGUCUGUUCUUUGCAGUCGUGACAUUUGCAGUGCUAGCACAAGGUGUUAUGAGCUGGAAGUAUCAUGAGGGUCUGCUUUUGAGUUGGUCAGGAGAUGAUGCAUUGCAAAUGUUGGAGUAUUUUGCUAUUGCAGUUACGAUAGUUGUGGUUGCAGUUCCUGAAGGGCUGCCUUUAGCCGUGACCUUGAGUCUUGCUUUUGCCAUGAAGAAGAUGAUGAAUGAUAAAGCACUGGUCCGCAACCUUGCUGCUUGCGAGACUAUGGGUUCAGCUACGGCCAUUUGCAGUGAUAAGACAGGAACGCUGACGACCAAUCAUAUGACUGUUGUGAAAGCUUGUAUAUGUGGAAAUGUCAAGGAUGUAAGUUCUUCUGAGGGGACUAUUAGUUUGUGCUCCCAAAUUCCUGAUUUUGCACUUAAAACUCUUCUGCAGUCCAUAUUUAAUAACACAGGUGGUGAAGUUGUGAUCAACCAAGACGGCAAGCUUGAAAUCUUAGGAACACCAACUGAGAUUGCUUUAUUGGAAUUUGGCUUGUCACUAGGUGGAAAUUUUCAGGCACAGCGUCAGGAAACCAAACUCAUCAAAGUGGAACCCUUUAAUUCUGCAAAAAAGAGAAUGGUAGUAGUACUCCAACUCCCUGAAGGAGAAUACCAUGUGCACUGUAAAGGUGCCUCAGAACUCAUUUUGGCUGCUUGUGACAAGUUUAUAGAUCCUUCAGGUAAUGUUCUUCCGCUUGACAGAGCAGCAGUCAAUCAUUUCAAGGAUAUAAUUGAAAGCUUUGCUAGUGAAUCUCUUCGGACCCUAUGCCUUGCUUAUAUAGAAAUUGGAAAUGCUUUCUUGGCAAAGGAGCAAAUUCCAGUUGAGGGAUACACAUGUAUUGGAAUUGUAGGCAUCAAGGAUCCUGUCCGCCCAGGUGUGAAGGAGUCUGUUGCCGUUUGUAAGUCUGCUGGGAUUACUGUUAGAAUGGUCACUGGGGAUAACAUAAAUACAGCAAAAGCAAUUGCUCGAGAAUGUGGUAUACUUACUGAUGAGGGUGUAGCUAUUGAAGGCCCUGAGUUCAGAGAGAAGAGUCUUGAAGAAUUACUUCAACUAAUUCCAAAAAUCCAGGUAAUGGCUAGGUCUUCUCCAUUAGAUAAGCACAACCUAGUACAGCAUCUGCGCACUAGGUUUAAUGACGUCGUUGCUGUGACUGGUGAUGGUACAAAUGAUGCUCCAGCACUUCAUGAGGCAGAUAUUGGACUUGCAAUGGGCAUAGCAGGGACUGAGGUGGCUAAGGAGAGUGCUGAUGUCAUAAUUUUAGAUGACAAUUUUUCAACAAUUGUUACUGUGGCAAAAUGGGGACGUUCUGUAUACGUAAACAUUCAAAAGUUUGUACAGUUUCAGCUCACUGUUAACGUGGUUGCUCUCGUAGUUAAUUUCUCCUCGGCAUGCUUGACAGGAACUGCUCCACUGACUGCCGUUCAGCUGCUUUGGGUCAAUAUGAUCAUGGAUACUCUGGGGGCACUUGCAUUAGCCACUGAACCUCCUCAGGAUGACUUGAUGGAAAGAUCACCAGUUGGAAGGACAGGAAAAUUCAUUACCAACAUGAUGUGGAGAAAUAUCUUUGGGCAAGCAUUUUAUCAGUUUAUCAUAAUGUGGUAUCUCCAGACACAAGGAAAAGGACUAUUUAAGCUUGAGGGCCCUGGUGCUGAUCCUACACUGAAUACAAUUAUGUUCAAUUCGUUUGUCUUUUGUCAGGUGUUCAAUGAGAUAAGUUCUAGAGAGAUGGAGAAGAUAGAUGUGUUCAAGGGCAUGCUGCAGAACUAUGUCUUUGUGUGCGUUCUUACGAGCACCAUCAUCUUUCAAGUCAUAAUUGUUCAAUUUCUUGGUGAUUUUGCAAACACAACACCACUUACAGGAUUGCAGUGGUUUUUAAGUGUGUUCAUUGGUUUUGUGGGCAUGCCAAUAGCUGCAGUCAUCAAGUUAGUCCCUGUGGGGAGCUAAGUGAAGAUAAAUGCAGCGCAGGACAUGGGAACAUAACUGGUAUUUUUUCUUUAUUUCCCAAGGCCAUUACGAUGACUAACUCCACAUUGAAAUUAUGUAAUGGAGGAAAAGACCUUGAAACCAACCAUAUAGAAGUGUGCCCAGAGGGCGAAAACAAUUUUUCAGCGGAUCAGCAAUUCUCUCUUCUUGAUGAUCACAGAAUAUCUUCUUUGGUAAGAGAUGGUGACAGAAUGUUGCUUGAGCAAUUUCGAAAGUUUUACUGAAAGAUUGUCUUGGGUGCUGCAAGAUGGUAAAAAUUUUAUCGAAAGCUGUCUUCAAGAAGUGCACCCCAAAAUAAAAUUGAAGGGAAAAACCAAGUUCAUCCAAGGAUUCUAUUAGGAUGGAUGAGAGCUGUGCCAUGUAAAAUAUCUUGUGAUUCAAGCAUGAAUUGUAAGCAGCAGUUUGCUAAACUUUUGUUUUACUGAAAAACAUCUUAGAAUUUUAAUUCUGAUAACAUGGCAUGUAAUGCUCCGGCAAGACUUAUUGCCAAAA